UUGGGAACUUCUGUGCUUACUUCCUGUACCCUCGGACCUCUGCAUACUUUUAAAUCAUGUGUAUACUUUUGUCGUUUCCUUGUUUACCUUGGUUGUUGCCAUUGACCUUUGGAGCUUCCGGAAACAAUCAUACACGUGAAGGCUUGUCUGAAAUAUCUUGGAAAGCCCAACUUGUUCGAGCGUAUUGACGUAUUUACGCGGACGUGAACGUCUCAGGGGAUCCGCCUGGCUCGUCCCUGGAGAGUUGGAAGAACAAGCACAAUGUCUGCAGAAGACUUGUAUAUUUUGCGCCAUGGACUUAUGAUGCCAAAGGAAACCCACUCUCAAGAAAGCCUGACAUUUCUUGCACAGGAUUUCACUUUUGAAGACGAUGACGUCAUCGCCGUCACGUACCCAAAGUCAGGUACAAUCUGGAUGCAAGAGAUCCUCCCGCUGGUGCUCAAUGGUGGGGACCUGACACCCAUCCAAACCAUUCCCAACUGGGAUCGAGUUCCCUGGCUGGAGGAGAAAAGAUUACAAGUCGUUGUGGAUUGGUUGACUUCUCCACGAGCACUGGUCACACAUUUUCCUUACCAACUCAUGCCACAGUCCUUCUUCUCCUCCAAAGCCAAGGUGAUCUAUGUCAUGAGGAACCCCAAGGAUGUCGUUGUGUCCUCCUAUUACUUCCACCAAAUGGCCACUUUCCUCGAAGACCCUGGAACCUGGGAGGAAUUUAUCGACAAGUUCCUGGAAGGCAGAGUGAUGUUUGGCAAAUGGACCGACCACGUCAAGAGCUGGAGGCACGCCGACAUGGGAGACAGAAUUCUGUUUAUCACAUAUGAGCAAAUGAUUCAGGAUCUUCCUGCAGCUCUACGGCUUAUGUCCAAUUUUCUGGGAAAGAACCUGAAUGACGACGUCAUCGAGAAGAUAGCCAACCAUUCUUCUUUCAAGUCCAUGCAAGCCAACAUUAUGUCCAAUUUCAGUUUGGUCCCCAAGAUCUACAUGGACUCUGACAAGUCUCACUUCCUUCGGAAAGGUGUUUCUGGAGACUGGAAAAACCACUUUAGCUCAAAGCAACUGGCCCACUUCUCCUCGGUGAUUUCCGAGGAGCUGGAGGGGGAGCGCUUCACCCUGCCAUGGAACUUAGAUGACGAGGCUUGACGUAGCACAUGUAACAAACGUAGAAAUGUCACAUUUGCAAGUAAGUUAUGGAAUCCUCAAAAGUCCUUUUCAGCCCUGCAUACUAAUGGCAAUCUAAUGGCACCCAAUCCAAGAAGGAUAUGAACCCCGACCAUACUAACAAGCAUAAUUCUUAUUUAUCACUGUGUCUUCCCUUACAUGAUAUUGCGCUACAUAUAUUAAAUGAUUCUCACUAA